AUGAAUGUAUAUUUUGCAGCCUGUUAUUUCAGAGUCCUGUUUAGAAAAAAAAAUAUCGAAAAUAUACCCAUUGACGUGAUGACAGAUGAAGACAUGAACCGGGAGAAAAGCAACACAAAAGCAAGGCUUCGGAAAUACGAGGAACAGGAGUAUGGAGACGACACAUCAUCAGAGACUCAACCAGCUAAAGCAGCAGCAAAGGAAACCUUAAAAUAUAAAACACUUGAAACGUUUUCUGGAGCCUUGAAGUCAGGACAGACAGAAGAGUACCUUCAAGAAAGUAGAACUCUGCAGGAGCUUUCAAAGCCAGUUCCUCAUAAGAAGAAAGAGGUAUCAAAGGAAAAAAAGGGCCCAACUAACGCUUGUCCAAAAGUUAAGAAGAAAAGGCUUGCGUCGUAUGAUAGGACAGAACCGGAGGAUGAUGAUGUGACAAGACAUAUUAUAAGGCUACGAGAAAAGUUUGGCUGGCAAACAAUGUUACCGCAGCGCUGUUUGGAGUACAAAAGUUCCAAACUUGCAGUUCAGAAGAUUAUUCUAAAGGAACCUUUAAAAGAUGAUGGAGAAUUUGUAUAUUGCCUUUCUCGGAAAAAUAGUAAAGGUGUCUAUAAUCCGUAUGACCUCCAGGUGGUCUCUGCUCACAGAGCUAGACAUGGCAAAGAAUUCUGGAUUAUUACAGCAUCAUCUGUCUCCAAGGUUACUAACGUAGGUGGCGUAGAAGAAGUAGAAUCUGUACCGACUGUGGAAUGGCUUUUAGAAAGAACGUGUUACCAUUUAUUGCAGCAGUUCAGGAUAUUUUCCAAGUUUCGAAUUAAUAAAGCAUUUGUUACUUGGAAAUUGAAUGUUAGAAGAAUUAAGACAGAGAAGAGCAGGUCAUUUUUGUGCCGCCAUCUUUUUGGGGCUGAUGAGUUAUUUCAAGGCUGUCUGCUCUAUGUAAAGGGACUUUGUGAAGAUGCAGUUGAUGGCAAACAUGGAAAAGAAUAUGAAGAAACUCCAUCUGCCAUUUGCCUCAUCAAGGUGAGGAGCAGCAUACUACUGUUAGCCUCUGUGGCAGAAAAGAAAGAAAUUAAAGAAUAUUUUGAGUCAAACCUCUCUGAAGACUACACAACACAUUUCAAGCUGCCUGAAUAUCGACGUUUAUUAAAAACAAUUUUGAGGUUUCUGAUGCUGGUUGACUACAUAUUUCAGGAACUCAUCCGUCAACUGAUGAACACUGCCGUCACACUGCUUUUGGAAUUAUUUAAUAAUUCUGCUAGAGUGCCAUUUUCAAGGGAAAGAAAGAAUGAAAAUCUCAUCAAAAUGUACAAGAAUAUCUUUACUUUCCCUGGAAAGAUGACAAAUGAUGGUGAAGAAUUUGUCGGUAAUUCAAAUUUACGUGCCACUUCUGUUUUAAAGUCAGAAGUGAAAAUGGAAGCAGAUAUUAAUGAGAUUUUGAAUCAUAUCAAAGUGGAGAGCAAUUUGAGGAAAGUAUAUGCACCAGUAUUUGAAGUGACUCUACGCUUGAGGUCUCCUGAAGAGAGUGACUCUUCAGAAACUUCCACAGAGAACUUUCAUGAGUCUGACAAUGGCUCUGAGGAACCUGGGGUGUGUGAACAAGAGGAGGCACCAAAAAAUGAAGUCAGUUGUGUCAUAAAACAGUCGAGUGAAGAAAUGCCAAUAAUGAAGAAACCAAAAAAAGUUUGUUACAACCUUGAAGAAAUACCUUCAGACAUAGAAAUCAUGACCGAGUUCGAGAAUAAAUACAUGUGUGAUGAGUUUUCAGAAUUUGCUACAAAUCUCUUCAUAGUUCCCAACAGAUUAGAUUUUUCAAGAAAAAUUCAAAAUAUGGUGACUGACAUUGAAAAACAUAUAACCAAGAUUAUUCCUCUUUGCCAAGAUCCCCGCCUGUCUGUCUUUACUGAAUCGGUUUUAAUUGUGAAUUUACCUAAUAAGACUGAAAGUGGCAUUGCCUGUAAGAAGACAACCAGAUGGCCAGAUUGUCAGGUUCUUUUUGAAGUGGAUCCUACCUACCAAAACAAAAUUGCCAGUCUCCUGACUUUUAUUGGUAACUCAAUGGGCCUGGUUAGUGCUUACAGCUGCCAGUUUAGAAAAUACUGUACCAUCGUACAGAGUGCCAAAGUCAUGAGUAUGAAAAUGUCCUCUAUGGAAGAAUUAACUCCAACACAGUUUAAAACUAUACUAGCUAAAUUCAGAAAGUAUCUGAAACACAUUGUCAACAUGGUCAUUGAGAAACGCAUUGGUAUUUUCAAUGUUACAAGUCUCGAUUAUCAGUCAGAAUGCUUACCAUAUGUUGAGAAUAUCAUACGUCUGAGUCACGACCUCCUGCGAUCUGUAAUUGAAAACAAGAGCACAAAUCUAUUAGAAGUUGUGGAGACCUCACUGAGGAAGAUGGAGUGCGAUCCCACUGAAAUUGAAGAAUUUGUGGAACAUUUUGCUUUUUUGGAGGGGAUUUCCUCAAAAUUGUCUGUGUUAGAGAAAGAACACUCCGUCGUUGCUCAGCUGCAUUCUGUUGUAAGGUAUUACCAGGUCCAGAUUUCAGGAGAGCAAAUUGCCAUCUAUAAAAUUCUUCUCGUCAAGUUUGGGCAGCUAAAAACCUCCAUGAAGUUAAGGGAGAUGAAUAAAGACGCCGCUAUUGCUAAAUUCAGAGACAAUCUGGAAGCUCACAUCACGGGUCUGCGAGUUGACGUCAGCAACUUGAAGGCCAAGAUCAGAACUCCUGUUCUGCUCUGUGCCGAGACUGGUGUGGCCAGCGCCAUGGAGAUGAUGCAGACACUCACGGAGGAAGCCGCAGGUCUGGCUCACAAAGCUAGAACCUACUCCAAAUUCCAGCACUGCUUUGACGACGCCGAGUCCCACAUGCACUCCCUGAACAUGGAGGAUGUGGCGCAGAUCGUCCGUGCGGAGAUCGCCGACAUCGAGUAUGACCUGACCUUGAGGAAGACACUGUGGGCUGCACAGGAGGAAUGGAGAACGCUCCUUAGGGAGUGGAGGAACAGACCUCUCCACAGUGUCGACACAGAAUCCAUGCAGAGAAACGUUUCAAGAUGGAUGCAUGUGAUCUCCGUGCUAGAGAAAGGUUUACCUAAAAACGACCUGGUGACCCAUCUUAAGCAAUCAGUGACAGAAUUUAAACAAGGGCUGCCUACUAUCAUAGCUCUGGGAAACCCCUGUCUGAAGCCAAGGCACUGGGAUGCUCUCCAGAUUAUUGGAAAGUCAGUUUCUCUUGAUAAGAACUGCACAGUAGAGAAUCUUCUAGCUCUCAAGAUGUUUCAGCACCAACACGAAAUAAACGAAAUCUCAAUCUCCGCCACUAAGGAGGCUAUCCUUGAGAAGACGCUGUUUAAGAUUAUUGAUCUGUGGAACACGACCCCGUUACACUUGGUUGUGCAUCACUCCGAGACGUACUCCAUCCUGAUCAUUUCGUCCAUAGACGACAUACUCACUCAGCUGGAAGAGUCUCAGAUCACACUGGCAACAGUUAAAGGGUCUUCCUCUCUCGGGCCCUUUAAGGAUCUUGUGGAAAAGUGGGAUCAGAACUUGUCUCUCUUCUCUUCUACUCUUGAGGAAUCGAUGAAUUGUCAAAGAAAUUGGCUUUAUCUGGAACCAAUCUUUCAUUCUGUGGAAAUACAAAGGCAACUCCCUGUGGAAGCAAAACUCUUCUCUCAAGUGAUCUCCAUGUGGAGAGAAAUCAUGUCAAAAAUACAGAACAAGCUGGAUGCUUUGCGAAUAACCAUUUCUGCAGGGGUCCUUGAAACUCUGCAGAAUUGCAAUCUGCAUCUUGAACAUAUAAUGAAAAGUCUUGAGGACUACCUUGAAACUAAAAGAAUGAUUUUCCCCAGAUUUUACUUUCUCAGCAACACUGAACUUCUCGACAUCAUAGCGAAUAGCAGAAAUCCAGAGUGUCUACAGCCUCAUCUUGCGAAAUGUUUUGAAAAUAUAAAACGGUUACUGCUGUGGAAGCAAGAAAUUGGGCCCCCUGCCGUCAUAAUGCUCAUAUCCGCUGAAGGAGAGUGCCUUCUGCUGCCCAAGAAAAUUCGAGUAAGAAGUGCCGUGGAACAGUGGCUGGUAAAUGUUGAGAAAAGGAUGUUUGAUGUGAUGAAAAAAGAGAGAUUUAUUCUUCACUCGUCAUCUUGACCUCUUUUUCAGAGCCAGAUCAUGUUUUCUAAUGAUUGCAUCAGAAGUUUUGCGAGCUCUCGUUCAAGAGAGGAGCUGGAGAAAGUCCGUGCUGGUCUGAUGGGUCAGCUGGAGGAGAUUUCGGAGCUUGUGGCGCUGGAUUGCGGUAACGCGCGCACGAAAGCCGUCCUGGGGGCGCUGCUCACGCUGUACGUUCACUGCAGAGACGUAGUGGGGGACCUGCUGCUGAAAGGGGUCUUCAGCGCAGAUGAUUUUGAGUGGACAAGACAUUUGCAGUAUCAGUGGAACGAAAAACAACAGCUGUGCUACGUGUCCCAAGGCGAUGCCAGCUUUACUUAUGGCUACGAGUACCUGGGCUGUACCCCCAGACUGGUCCUUACGCCCCUCACCAACAGGUGCCAGCUCACGCUCACGGGGGCUCUGCUCUUGAAUCUCGGAGGCUGCCCCUCUGGGCCCACCGGGACGGGCAAAACAGAGAGUGUCAAAGAUCUAGCAAAGUCGUUAGGCAAACAUUGUGUGGUGUUCACCUGUUUUGAGGAUUUGGAUUAUAAGAUAAUAGGAAGACUCUUCCUCGGACUGGUUCAGUCGGGAGCGUGGUGCUGUUUGGAUGAGUUCAAUCGGAUCGAUGUGCAGGUCCUCUCUGUGAUUGCGUCGCAGAUCCUAACAAUUAAGGCCACAAAAGACAGCUAUUUGGUCAGGUUUGUACUGGAAGGAAAAGACAUUCGUAUCAAUAUGUCUUGUGCGGUAUUUGUCACCAUGAAUCCUGAGUACAAAGGUCGAGUAGAACUCCCAGAUAACUUAAAAUCUCUGUUUCGCCCAGUGGCGAUGAUGGCUCCCCAUUAUCAAAUGAUUACUGAAAUAAUGCUGUUUUCAUCCGGUUUCAAAUCUGCAAAAUCCCUCUCUGGAAAGCUGGUUAGCAUUUACGAAUUAGCUAACAAACAGCUCUCACAACAGGAUCAUUAUGAUUUUGGCUUGAGGUCUCUAAAGACAGUUUUAAUAGCGGCUGGAAAGAAGAAAUGGGUGUUUAAAUGCGAGCUUUCUGAAACGGAUGAAAGUCUGAUCCUUACCGAGGCUGUAAGAGAAGCUAGUUUACCAAAAUUUCUCCCUGAAGAUGUCCCACUUUUUGAAAAGAUCAUGGCAGACAUUUUUCCUGGAGCAGCAGUUUCGACAGAAAAUCAAGUUGCCUUGGAGAAAGUAGUGUCUAUUGCAACACAACAGUUGGGUUUCCAUCAGUGGCCAGCUCAGAACAAGAAAACCAUACAGUUUUAUAAUCAACUUCAGACUUGUGUUGGUGUGAUGUUAGUAGGCCCAACAGGUGGAGGAAAAACAACAGUCAGAAGAAUUUUAGAAAGAGCAUUAACACUAUUACCAAUUGAAGACUUCCUAUCAACUAAAGAAAGCGAAUCUAUUUCACAGGUUCCAGGAAGAAAAGGAAAGGUAGAUAUUUGUGUUUUAAAUCCAAAGUGUAUCACUCUUAGUGAACUAUAUGGACAACUGGACCCUAACAGUAUGGAAUGGACUGAUGGAUUAUUAUCAAGCACAGUUCGAAAUUAUGUAUAUUCUAAUACUGCAAGGUACUCAAAAAAAGACAGCGAUCUUGGACUGAAAUCAAGAAUCUCGGAUGCAUCUAAUGUUUUCAAACUUGAUUCCUCUGAUAUAGCAGAUAUUGACGAUAACAUUUCUAAGCAGGAGAUGGAGAAAGAUGUUAAAAUCCCAGAAAGUCAGAACCACGAUUGGCAGUGGAUUAUUUUGGAUGGUCCAGUGGAUACGUUUUGGGUAGAAAAUCUAAACUCCAUGCUGGAUGAUACUAGAACGCUGUGUCUGGCAAACAGUGAGCGAAUAGCCUUAACUAGUAACAUACGAGUGGUUUUUGAGACCGACAGUCUCUCUCAGGCCAGUCCUGCAACCGUCAGCCGGUGUGCAAUGGUCUACAUGGAUCCUGUUGAUCUGGGAUGGGAGCCCUAUGUCAAGUCAUGGCUGUUGAAGACUUCUAAAAUUAUGAGUCAAACAGGAGUGAGUUGUCUUGAAUUCUUGAUUAAAAAUAGCGUCACAGACGGACUACAGUUUAUAAAGAAGCAUCAGACAUGUCAGCCGUUUCCUGUACAGGACCUAGCAGUGGUCACAACUCUCUGCAGGAUUCUCGAUGCCUUCUUUGAGUUCAUGAGUGAAAAUGGAGGCUUUGGAAAAUGUGACGAUUGGAAGGACGUUUCAACUGGGGAGAAAAAUUCUCCAUGUGCAAAAGUUUCUGCCAAAUUCAAGAAUACAGAAGAGAGAGCUGAAAGUACAUGGUAUCUGGAAAAGAAUCCUGAUAAAUUGAAAGUAGUGAUUCAGAAGCUCUUCAUGUUUGCAUUUACGUGGGCGUUUGGAGGCGUUUUACAACAUGAAAGUGACCCUGAAGGUGAGACGGUGCUGUAUCGGAGCUGUGAUCCCAGUUCAGCCGCCAGAGUCACUUACGGCUUCGACAAUCUCGUCCGCAAACUGUUUGAAAAUAACCCACAAGUAGGUAUCAGCCUACCAACUGGUAAGCAUUCGAUCUUUGGGUAUUUUGUGGAUUUACAGCAAUGCGAAUUCAUACCAUGGUCAGAGUUACUUCCUAGUAUUCAGACACUCAUUCAGAAAGGAACUUCAAUGCUAGCUGACCCGCAAGCAUCCAGCGAGAACCUCUUGAAGAUCACAGAGUACGGCGAGAACAUCAACCAUAUCGCCACCAGCGACACGGUGUCCUUUUCUUUCCUCAUCAGCCUUCUUUUAAAGAAUUUCUGCCCUGUACUUCUCACAGGAGACUCUGGUGUUGGGAAAACCACUACCAUUAAUCAAAUGCUUGAAAGGUUGGAGGGCCCUGGAGCAUUUGAUGUGAAAUAUGGGUCAAUUUUAGGAGAAGUCCUGUUGUAUAACGAAAUUAAAAAAUCAAGGUUCCUGAAGCAGAAUAUCAACAUCUUGCUCUCUGAAAGUCACAAGACAGGAUCCGCAAGUCUAGAUGGGAAGACUAUUAAAAAGCCAGAAGUCAAAACUGAAGAAAGUUCACUGAAAGACAAUAAUAAAGGAAUUAUCGUCUCAACGAUAAAUUUUAGCAUCAGUAUGACCGCUGCCAAAGCCAAGGAGAUGAUCCUUAAGAAGUUAGUAAGAAGAACGAAAGACAGUCUUGGAGCGCCAAAGAGCAACCAGAUUGUAAUAUUCAUUGAUGACCUGAAUGUGCCCGAAUCGGACACGUAUGGGGCACAGCCGCCCCUGGAGUUAGUCAGACAGCUACUGGAUUUGGGAGGACUUUACGAUACCAAAAAACUCACGUGGAAGAAUAUUCAAGAUCUUUCUCUGGUUGCCGCUUGUGUCCCUUCAGUAGCCAGGAGGCACAUGAGCCCGCGCCUCCUCAGACACUUUUCCGUUCUGGUGCUGCCGCAUCCUUCACAGAGCGCCUUACGUACGAUUUUCCAGGCUCAUUUGGGAAUGUAUUUCUCCAUCAAUAACUUCACUGUCGACGUCCAGAGAAGUAAGGAUCAAACAACAUCUUGCUCUCUGGCUGUGUACCACCAAGUGUGCCAGAACAUGCUGCCGACCCCCGCCAAGUGCCACUACAUAUUUAACCUUCGAGACAUGUUUAAGCUUCUCCUAGGCUUGCUACAAGCUGAGAAGGCCGUUAUCAACUCCAAAGAGACGGCGGCCCUGUUCUUUGUUCACGAAGCCACUCGAGUGUUCCAUGAUCGUUUGAUUGACUCUGCUGAGAAAGGACUUUUCUAUCAGUUUCUUUCAAAAGAACUUGAGAAUUAUUUUCAGAUUGGAGUAGACGGGUGUGGGAAGGAAGCGUGUGCGACCCUGGCGUGUCACCUGAUGGAGUGCAAGCUGUCCCCCGUGCCCUCAGCUCACAGUCAGGCCCAUGCGGAGUUCAAAGAAGCCCUCAAAAGGGGGGUUAUCCAAGCAGGAUUAGAAGGGAGCCCCACCGCUUUGAUAGUUGCUAACAUAAACCUAAAGCAGGAGUCAUUUUUGGAAGAUUUGGACAGCGUUCUCAACGCGCAGAAAACCCUUGACUUGUUUGAAGAUGACGAGCUGGGCUCCAUCACGCUACAGAUCCGAUCCUUUGCUGAGCCGUCUGGUUCUGUUGACGACAGGCAGUCUUUCCUCGCACUCUUCCAGAAGCACUUAAAGGAAAAACUCGCCUCGACGUGUGUCCAAAUCCACAAAAGCAUAAAAGACUUGAACACAAAAUACUUUCAGAAAACCGGACGGCGUAAUUACGUCACUCCCAACAGCUACUUGCGAUUCAUGGAUACAUUUGCUCACAUUUUGAGGUCACGCCAGAAGGAAAUGGAAGCAAAGAGGAGUCGUUUGCACAUGGGCCUGUCCAAGAUCCUGGAAGCCAGCGCUCUGGUUACAGAAACACAGGAGGAGCUCUUGAUUCUUGGCCCUCAGAUAGAACAAAAAACAAAGGAAAAGGAAGCCCUGAUGGAAAGACUGUGGAGAGAUUCACAAGUAGUUGAGAAAGUUCAGAUGCUGGUUCAACAAGAUGAAGAAAUUAUGGCAGAAGAAGUCAGAAUUGUGGAAGAAUGUGCUCAGAGAACCGCCAGAGAGAUAAGGAGUGUGCUGCCAGCUCUGGACAAGGCCACCGUGGCCCUGAGCACCCUGGAUAAAGCCGACAUCACCGAGCUAAGGGUGUACACGCGGCCUCCCUCCCUCGUGCUGAUGGUCAUGAACGCUGUGUGCAUUCUUCUGCAGAAGAAACCCAACUGGGCCUCGGCGAAGUUGCUUCUUUCUCAAACCGGUUUCCUAAAAAAACUGAUCAACCUGGACAGGGACAGCAUCCCCGACAAGGUUUUCAUGAAGCUGAAAAAAAUUUUGCUCUUCCCUGAUUUCAACCCAAACAAGAUUGCCCUCGUUUCUGUAGCCUGUUGCUCUAUGUGCCAGUGGGUCAUAGCUUUGAAUAACUAUCAUGAAGUGCAGAAGCUCGUGGGCCCCAAGCAGAUCCAAGUGGCAGAAGCUGAACGUGUCCUAAAAAUUGCACGACAGAGGCUGGCCGAAAAACAAAGAGGUUUGCAGCGGGUGGAAGAACACGUGCUGGCCUUGCAGGCGGCCUACAAAGACCUCGUGGCCAAAAAGCAGCUGCUAGCAAACAGAAGGAAACGGGCCACCAGGCGCCUGCAGUGUGCAUCUGUCUUACUAACCAGCCUGGAAGGCGAGAAGACUCAAUGGCCAGAAACAAUCGAUCAAAUAGACAAGAAGUUGGAAAGAAUCUGGGGUGACGUGCUUCUUUCAGCAGCGUGCAUCGUCUACAGCGGGGCGUUGACAGCAGAAUUUCGCCAGUUGAUUGUGAACAAAUGGGAGACUCUCUGCACCGAAAACAGCAUCCCUUUGUCGCCCAACUUUUCUUUAAUUGAAGUCAUGGCCCCAAACCACGAGAUCCGCCGGUGGCAUUCUCAGGGGCUCCCGCCCGGUCAGUAUUCAACGGAGAACGCCAUCUUGACCAGGAACAGCCUGCAGUGGCCACUGCUGAUUGACCCACAUAAGCAGGCUCACAACUGGAUCCGGCAGACGGAAGGGUCCAGGCUGCAGGAGCUCUCCAUGGAGGACGGCAGCCACAUCCAAACUAUUGAAAAUGCUGUGAAGACAGGAGGGAGUGUCCUCUUGCAGAAUCUCCCUGAAACAUUAGCUCCAAGUUUAAAGGCAAUUUUGAAGAAGGAGAUCUAUCAGAAAAGAGGACAAUAUUUCAUAAGGGUCGAGGAUUCUGAGAUUGAAUACAAUUCCCAAUUUAGGUUGUUCAUUUCCACAGAGGUAGACAACCCCCAUCUUCCUCCGUCGGUUUAUAACUUUGUUACCGUGAUCAACUUCACCUUAACGUUCCGAGAUUUGCAGGAUCAACUCCUUUCUACGGUAUUAACUCACGAAGUUCCUCACUUAGAAAGUCAACGUUUCCAGUUGUCGGAGAGUAUAUCCCUUGAUGCUGGGACUCUUGAAGAGCUAGAAGAACAAACGUUAAAUGUACUGGAGACCGUCCAAGCACGUGUGUUAGAUGAUGAGGAAAUUGUAGACAUCUUAAGAAAAUCCAAAACGACUUCAAAUGAGAUUUCCAAGCGCAUCAAAGCGACAGAAAAAGCAGAAAGUGAAAUCCAAACGCUGCGGGAACACUACCGGUCUGUCGCGACUCGAGGCGCCCUGCUCUACUUCCUCGUGGCCGGGCUCGCCCGCCUCAACUCCGUGUACCAGUUCUCCCUGGACUGGUUUCGCCAGGUGUUCGUUCGAUCAGUAGCUCCCCGGAGCAAAGAACAGGAACACGGCCUGAAGAGGGAGAAAACGUCUCAGAAAAAAGUUGGUGAUACCACAGACCUCGCCAAGGAACCAAAGUUCGAGAGCGACAGGCAUCUCUUGGAGAAACAUCUGCAACAGUCAGUAGAUGUGCUGACAAGAAAUGUUUUUAAGGUGGUGUCCUCGGCUCUGUUUCACCAACACAAGCUGUGUUUCUCCUUCCGGCUUUGCACCACGAUCAUGCAGAAUAAUGCUGGGGGCAGUCCAGUGCCGGAUGACAUCGGGUCCCUACCGGACGAAGAAUGGGACAUCUUCUUACAUUCCGACACGUUGACGAACGUUAAAGGUGUGAUGCCCCAGCCUAGGCUUAACAGUAAGUAUGAAACUUGCAGAAAUCGGCACCUUCAGUGGUUGUCGGAUUCCACGUGGAAGCAGUGUCUGUACGUCAGCCACGAACUUGAACCGUUCGCUCUGCUGUGCGAGUCCCUUCUGUCAAAUGUGUCACAGUGGGACGCUUUCAAAAGCAGUGAGGCUGUCUAUUGCCUGAUGAGCCUGCCUUUCUCUCCAGAAAAGGCUCCAGCGGAGGAAAGGAAGAAACCACCGGAGGGAACUGAACUUCUGAAUGAAGUUGAAGAAAUACAUAGUCCUGUGAAUUUCCACUGGGAGAAGCUCACUCCAUUUCAAAGACUCAUUCUGAUCAAAAUUCUUCAGCCGGAGCAGCUAAAGAAUUCAGUGAGAAGGUUUGUAACUGAAAAAAUGGGAGAUGAAUAUGCUCUCAGGACUGGAAUUCGUUUGCAAGAGUCCUAUGAGGGAUCCAGUGCCACAACGCCACUGAUACUUCUGCACUCCCACGGGACUGACCUCACCAACAUGCUCCUGAAGUUUGCGCAAGAGUUGAAAGGAAGAACGCAGCAUGUGACGGUGCUUUCCCUGGGCCGUGGCCAGGCCGCUAAGGCAGAAGAGGUCAUUGUGAAGGCCCUGAGCAGCCCCACACAGUGGGUCUUCCUCCAGAACUGCCAUCUCGCCACGUCGUUCAUGCCACGGCUCUGCUCCAUCAUAGAAUCAUUUAACAGCCCAGAUGUGACAGUGGACCCUGACUUCAGGCUGUGGUUAAGCUCAAAGUCGGGCAGUUCUUUCCUGAUUCCUAUUCUUCAGAGGAGCUUAAAGAUUGCAGUGGAAAAUCCGCAAGGAUUGAAAAGUAACUUACUGCAGACGUUUGGAUACAGUGGCAGUGGAGUGGUGACAGAAGAGACAUUUGAAAAACUGGACUGUGGACCGUGGUGGAAAAAGCUUUUAUUCGGCUUAUGUUUUUUCAAUGCUCUAAUCAAUGAGAGAAAAAAUUAUGGAACACUGGGCUGGAAUAUUGCUUACAAAUUUAGUUCUUCAGACUUGGAGGUUGCCAUAAAGGUGCUGGAGAACUCCCUGAAUGCACAGACCGGUAUUUCGUGGCAGAAACUGCACUACCUCAUUGGGGAAGUGACUUACGGCGGCCGGGUGACGGACACCUGGGACAGGCGGUGUCUAAACACCCUUCUGCACAAAUUCUGUAACCCGGAAGUGCUGAAAGAUGACUUCAGUUUCUCCAGCGAUGAGCCGGUGCCGAAAUCCGCGAGCUUGAGGGAUUACAUACACAUCGUCCAGUCCUUACCUGACGACGACACGCCUGGGCUCUUGGGACUGCACCCAGAGGCCAUAAGGGGUGGCAGAGAGAUCCAGGGCCGGCACCUUGUGGACAGUCUCAUUACCAUGCAACCCGGGACCAGCGCCGAUCUCGCGGUCCGUCCCGAGCAGAGUAACGACAAACUGCUGAUGGAAAUCCUGUCUGACCUGCUACAGCGGCUGCCGAGGUCUGUGGAGAAGGAAGAAUGUGCUGGAACACCCAGCACCUUGAAGUGCAUCAUGUCCAGCCCCCUCUGGGAGUCUCUCUGUAAGAGCAUCCAAGGCUAUGAUCCCCUCAUCCACUGUGUCCUGCUAACCUUUCUGAGCCAAGAAAUCGAACGAUUUGAUAAGUUCUUAUUUGUUGUGCAUGAAUCUUUGAAAGGCCUUCAACUUGCGAUAAAAGGAAAAACCAUCCUCACCCAAGAACUGGAGGAAAUGUAUGAGUCUUUUCUCAAUGGAAGAGUGCCUACGCUGUGGCAGAAACAUGCCUACAAGUCCUGUAAGCCUCUGAGUUCCUGGGUUAACGAUCUCAUCCAGCGAGUGAAUUUCUUCAACACUUGGGCCAAAAUGGCUUACACUGCAAUACAUCAUCGGUACAUGAGAUUUGUCGCCACCGGGAAGCAUUCCAUUCCAUCGUCCGCCCAAAACCCCAGAUCCUCUGACAAUAAAACCAGUGAUUUCUGUGAAGGAUUUCCUGCAAGAUACUGGCUCCCAGCUUUCUUCUUUCCGCAAGCUUUUCUCGUGGCCGUGCUUCACGACUACGGACGGUCCCAGGGAAUCUCUCUCGGCGCCCUCACGUUUGCCCACCGUGUGAUCUCGGACACCGCUGACAGCAGAGACGAGGGGUUCUCCGCGGCCAUCCACGGGAACCUCAACACAGUCAGGACGGCCUCUGAGGGCACAGACCGCACUCACGUCGGAGUUCACGUUUUCGGUUUAUUCGUCGAGGGCGCAAGGUGGAAUCGGGAACAAAACAUACUAGAGGACUCGCUGCCUCGUGAGCUCUGUUAUGAUUUCCCUGAAAUCUACUUCCUGCCAACAAAGCUUUCCACUGAGCGAGCAGGUGCUUCUGACCAGACAGAUACGCAGCGCUACACGUUUGAGUGCCCGGUGUAUCAGACGCCUGAGAGGUCAAGAACUGUGACAACCACUGGCUUGCCUGCAGACUUCCUGACCUCCGUGCACUUACCCACGAAGAGACCCCCCAGUCACUGGGUCACAACACGGGUUGCCUUGCUGUGUGAGAAAAAGGAGAAAUAA